AGCGCCAUCUUGUGAUAGUUUUACUUUAUUGCAGCUGAGUUUUAACCGUCCCCAAAAAUACUGGAUUUAUUAGGAUCAAACAUACUUUUAGAAAGGUUUGAGCACGAGGCUUGUUUGUUUAUUUUGUAUGCUAGAUGCUUACACGUUUAUAGAUGUAUAACUGCAAUACGCUUCAAAAGAUUAAACAGCAGGUUAAAUAGCAGGUCAUUGCCCUCGCUGCCACUGGAGGGCACUGUGCAAACCUGCUGGCUCUUAUGAUAUGAAGGGUCCCGUUGCUGCGCGAUAAACCACGCUACUUACUACUUUUCUUUCUUCAGAAAGUUUGACAGAAUUUGUCUUUUAUCUGUUGUUUUUCUCCUUUUAUUAGACAGUAUUAGACUGCUGUUUUGUUCACUCUGUUGUUCCUUGGGUUCACUUUAUUUGGACGUUGUUGGUGAUUGUUGAUUCUGGUAGUCUUAUUUUCUUUUUUAUUCAUUUUCCCACCCAAAAAAGUGAUUAUUGCAGUAGUUAUUGUUAGCUUUUAACAACAAUUGUUUUUGUUUUCUUUGUUCUGUCAUGUCUGUCUGUUUCCUUUCCCCUGUUGUCUUUGUGGGGUUAUCUGUUGGAUCACACUCACCUGUUGGUAAUUAGCUUCACUUGUGUCACCUGGUGCUCCCUGUGUAUAUAUAUACCCCUCUCCCUCACUCUGUCUUGGUUGAAUCAUUGUAUCUGUUCCUGUGCUCAGCUUAGUGUGUCCUUUGAGUUCUUAGUUUGUACUUAGGUCUAUAGUCUGGUUUAUGCCUUGUUCCUGGUCUUGUGAAGAAGAAGUGCCGGGACGCUUCAUGACAGUGACGUCGUGGUGUUACAUCGGCGGACCUCUGCGUGGGAAGAAAAAUUGUAUCUACCGCGAAAAAAUUCCACAUCAAAUCUGAACAAGCACCUAGCGAGCCGGCCAAGGAAUGUGAAAUUUUUUGGGAAACCCCGGGUCUCCCUGCUGACAUUACUGCUGCCGGUACGACAUCCAGUUUCACCGAAUCGUUAGACUCUUCUGCUGAACAGUGGUGAGAACUGCACAUUGCACAACUCGUUCGAUUUGACGGAGAGAGCCAAACGGGGGAAAAAAAAAAAAAAAAUCGAACAGGAUCAAAGUUCGCUGACACCCAGCAACAAUCAGGUGCUUCGUGAGAAGAAAAAAAAAAUGUCUGGCCUCGCUCCACGGACGGAAGAAUGAAGCUUCUAGAAACUUUUUUUCAGGACAGGGAGAAUCGUACCCCUGUGAUUGUCUGGGGGUUCAGGAGAGAUCUGGUUGCAAGACAAGACCAAUCAUUUGUCUUGAUAAUCUGGGCUGAGAGCAGGCAAACAGAGGAUGCCAGGACGAGCAACCCCUCCAUCAAGACCUGAUCUAUUCCCCGACACAAUUUAGUGUAUUCAUGAGGUUACGCAAAUGUGGAGGCAGCAAAAUUACCGUAAUCAAUUGAAACAGCAAGUGCGCAUCUAUGGCUCUGAUUAUUUGAAGAUCUAUCAGCCUGAUGUCUAUGUAACGAGGAGAGGGGGGCACUGAAUAACUGCCGAGUUCCUCUGAGAAGUCCAUGAUCAUUGGGCAAAGGGAGUUUGGUCAGUGAUAACAGGGUUUCUUGGUCUGGAGACGCAGGUAUUUCCAACUAACAUUAGAUCGCUGGCCGUGUCCUGCCGAAGGGUGCUGUUUUGAAACCAAAACCCACACUGUCCAUACGAGCCGGUGCCGAUUUGCGCACUAUCUGUGUCCUUUUUUUUUUUUCACCUGACAAAGGGGGUAAAAAUAAAAGUCACACGGGAAGAGGAUAAACGAAGAAUGGAGGUCAGAUACAACCAAGAUGCCGACGGGAUGGUGCUGAAGAAUGGACUUAAGGAGGGGAAGGACAACAAGGAGACCCAGGGAAGCUUGUCCAAAAGCUUCCUCAAGGAGCAGCAGGGCUCCUUUUCCCCCUCUGGGACUCUGGACAACUGCGAGAAGAACAGAGGAAACGCAGGAGACCCGGACUAUUGCAGACGGAUACUUGUCAGAGAUGCUAAAGGUUCAAUCCGUGAGAUUAUUCUGCCAAAGGGGCUGGAUUUGGACCGACCAAAAAGAACCCGCACCUCCUUUACCGCAGAGCAGCUCUACCGUUUAGAGAUGGAGUUCCAGAGGUGCCAGUACGUGGUCGGGAGGGAACGUACCGAGCUGGCCCGCCAGCUCAACCUGUCUGAAACUCAGGUAAAAGUCUGGUUUCAGAACCGACGCACCAAGCAGAAAAAGGACCAAGGCAAGGACUCGGAGCUCCGUUCGGUGGUUUCCGAAACAGCGGCGACCUGUAGCGUGUUAAGACUGCUGGAGCAGGGGCGGCUCCUGACGCCUCCUGGCCUCACUGGCCUGCUGCCACACUGCAGCAGCGGAACCCUGGCCUCCGCUUUGCGCCCUCCAUCUAUGGUGAUGGCCAGUAAUGGCAGUAGUAGCAGCAACGGCAGUGGCGGAGGCAGCGGCGGCGGCGGCGGUGGCGGCACGGCUAGCGAGCCUCCUUUACCGACGGUCACCAGUUCGGGGACGGUCGCAGGCCUGCAGGGCUCACCUGCAGCGCAUGGUCUCUUCAGCUUCCCAAUGCCCUCCUUACUUAAUGGCGUUGCCACAAGAAUUUCUUCAAACCCUCUCUCCAUGGCCGGCUCGCUUGCUGGCAAUUUGCAGGAACUUUCCGCGCGCUAUUUGAGCUCCUCGGCGUUUGAACCUUAUUCGCGGACCAUUGGCAAGGAAUCGGUGGACAAGAAAAUCCUGGAAUGAUUCGUGGACUGCUUUUCUGUGUCUGUUCUCUGUGUGUCUCGGUCGUUUUUCAUGGCUAACGCUGUGUCUGUUUGGCUUUGCACAGUCUAUUUCAAACGUCUGUUAUUUCGCAGUUUGUGUCACAUUUUGUUCAAGGUGAAGCCUGUUUAUCACAAAUGUACGUGUGUGUGUUCCGUGCGAGAUAUUCAUGUGGGGCACCUGGUUGUUGCGGACGGUAAAACCACCAAAUUUUCCUUUAUUAUUAUUCAUUCAAUGAUCUGCAGUCCUGCCGGCUCUUAAAAAUAAGGAUAUGAUGAAGCUUAUUUAUAAGAGUCCCAAUUUUUGGUCAUUUUCUAUGACAGGAAAACUCUCAGCGACACAAGUUAUUCCUUAAAAAAAUCAACGUUUUUAACACUGAGGCCUUUGGAACCAUAACUUGAAGUUUCCCGCUCGCUUGUAUGAGUUUACUGAAGAACCGCUGCAAACCUCAGCAAGUUAAAGGCCAAUAGUGUAGGAUAGGCGACAGGUUUUUUUUUGGUCUGUGUGUUUGGAAAGUCACUGUGGUCAGUAUACAGAGAAACCAUACAAGAUGACAAACCUGGCCACAUAUAAAGUUGUUUAAGCCUUUUUUUUUUUAAUGUUGUGUUUAAAGCAGUGGUUCCUAAAAUCUCUCUACUGGGCCAUUCCCGCACCCCCACUCCGACAACCCCAAAAAACACAAAACAAAAAAUAAGGAUACUUUUUUUUUUAGACUUCAACUGUUUUUCGCACCUUAAACGUAUCCAUUUUAUGCUAGCAUUGCCAACUUUGGAUUUUGCCACUGCUGCUCUGAGCAGAUCCAAGGGGGGCGACGGCAAAAUCAAGAGGAAGAUUUAAAAAAACUAUAUUUUAAACAGAUAUUUAUUCGACGCCACCUUCAACCAAUCCUUUUUUUUUUUGUUUUUUUUUAACAGUCAUUUGUUAUACAUUUACAGCGUUGGAUCAUAUGCUGCGUUACGUUUCAUUCAUGCAUUCCACCUCCCGCCGACCCCCCCUACAAUGUCACUCCACCCCCCUCAGGGAGUGCGUCCCCUACUUUGGGAACCUCUGGUUUAAAGUGUACUGCAAGACCAGUGCCAAAACACACUCGAGCACAUUUGACGAAUGCAAACCUCUUCUUUUGAUUCCUCACCAAAAAAAAAAAAAAAAAAAAAAACAAAAAACCACAAGUUGACACAUCUUUUUGUUUUAAUGGAUAAAGUAAAGAAAAGGAAAACUCAAAUCCACAAGGGUGUUGUCAAACAGUUUGGUAGUUUAGUUGUUGAAUGUUGUUUUUUCCUGUAGUCUAGUGAGAAUUUAAAAAAAAAAAACAAACAAAAAGAAAAAACAUUUUGCAGAUAAAGUGCGGCAAGACUGUGAUUGUGAUAUCUAUCACCGCAAAAUUCUGUGCAAUUUCUGUUCCAUUCAAAGAGCCAAAGCAAAAGAGAGUUGUAGAAAGGACACUGAUAAUGAGCUUUCCAGCGUUAGGGAGACGCUUUUGUCAUGAGUACAGUACAAGGAUUUAGGAUUGUCAUUUAAUAUAUAUAUUAAAAAAAAAAUGUUUGUGUAUCAAAAUUCACAAAAAAAAAAAAAAAAAAAAAAAAGGGAAGGGAUUCAGGAAGGCUGACGCUCACCGGCACUGGCUGAAAAUGUAACAGUGUAAAAAAAAAAAAAAAAAAGUAUUGGAAACAAGGGAGUACCUUCAAAUUGUUAUUUUAUUGUAAAUUAUUUCAUUCUGUAAUUAAUAGAUAAUUAGUAUAUGGGGAAUGAAUGAGCGGAUGAAUGUAGGGUGGUGACACAAGUUCUCUGGUGCUGUCGUUGUGAAAUAUCUUGAAAUUUUGUGAAACGUGAGGUGAAAAGUGUGCAUAUAUAAUAUGAAUAUGGAAGCCGACGAGGUGUGUUCUUUUUUUUUCCUUCUCGUGUUUCACCCAUAUUAAUUACUCUUAUGUUAAUUCUAUUUGAAUUCAUGCAGUUGAACUCACCUGACGUGUGGGAAUGUUUUCACACCAUUUUUUUUUUUUGGUAAUGUGAUCUGGUAAUGUCGUUGCAUUACUGGUGGACCCAAAAAAUGUUUUCGAACGGGCUGCAAGUUGGAUUGUUAGUUUGUCUUACAAUUUAUUUUAUUAUUUAUUAUCAUAAAAUGUCUGAAAAAACACUCAAAGAAAUUGCCUGUCCUUGAUAUAUUUAAGACGGUGUCAUCCAUGACAGUGGAAUGGCUGCAUUUAAUCUUUUUUUUUUUUUACUAAUAAACCACUCACAUUUCUGUAGUUGAGGCUGGAAGGUAUUUUCUAGAAGAAGCAACAGGACUUAAACCUAGACGGAAAAAAAAAAAGAUGGCCGCUCAUCUGUUAGCUUCUACUGUUAUAUGGCGGGCGUACAUGUUGGUGUGGUUCCACGCGUUACUGUUAAUGUUGGCUGCCAUUUUGACAUCUAAUGUUAUCAUGUUACAUGUUAGCAACUUUCCUGCUAAUAGCGCCCCUCUGGAAUGCAGAGGGGAGACUUAGUGAUCUGCUCCAGGGCUGAAGCUAACAUUAGCUUCCGGGGCUAACUCCCUUCACUUUGUGCUUGUCGGCAGCAGAAAUAAACAGAAACAGGGAAAUUUGGGGUCAUUAUUAUUAGCCACACCAACCACAACAGAACAUAAACAGCUCCUGUAUAACCAACUCACACUUGCAGCAUGACAGGGCUCAAACUGCUCUCAACUUUCGCUAGCGUUCUCUCUUGCGCCUCCC